ACGCCGGUCUCGCGACGCCGUAUAGCCAGCCUCGGGUCGCCGAAGAGGCGUGGAGCCUCGGGACGCCGUAGAGGCGUGGAGCCUCGGGACGCCGUAGAGGCGUGGAGCCUCGGGACGCCGUAGAGGCGUGGAGCCUCGGGACGCCGAAGAGGUGUGGAGCCUCGGGACGCCGUAGAGGCGUGGAGCCAGGACGAUGCGAAGCAUCGCGAAGCCGAUCACGCGACGCCUCGGGAUGCCGUGUAGCGAGGAGCUUGGCGACGCCGUCUUCAGUGCGUGGAAGAUGAGCGCCGUCUUGCGACGAGCAAGUAGAAGAUCAGCGGCGUCGACCUGCAGGAGGCAACAACACGGCAUAAGGCUCUUUAAAAGAAAGAAGCGAAUGAAAGGAACUCAGACUCACCAUGGGCCGCAACGCCGAAGGAGUGGGGAGCUUCGCGGCGCCAUGAUCAUGCCUCGAAACGUCUUCAGCGACUUCAGCCGUAAUAUCUUCAGGCCGGCGUCAACCUGCAGGAGGCAACAACACGGCGUGAGUCUCACGAAGAGAAAAAAAGCGGAAGGAAUGGCAGUCAAACUUACCGUGGAGCCGAGUCGCGGAGGCGGAGCAAGUGUGGUGGGAGCAGCAGUGUCUCAACGAAGGGACUUACCAUACCUUACCAGCUGUAACUUACCCGGGCAGUUACCUAGCAUACCUGUACAUCUGUCACCUGGGGGAGGGUCCCUUGUGAGAACUGACUGCUCGAGGAGGAGGAAUGAGUGGUGCGAGGAGGAGGAAGCGGGUGGGUGGUAGCGGUUGGAGUUGUUGGAAUGCCGUUGCUGGCGAGUCGUUGCAGGAAUGCCGCCGUUGGAGAGUCGUUCUAGACGGGAGCACGGAUGGCGGAUUCUCAAGUGAAACUGGCGAAAAUAAACAAAUGAGUGACUGAAGAAGCUAUAUAGAGAUUUGCGUGACGGGGAGGUUCUCUGGUGAGUGACUUUGAGUGGUUGGAGUGGCCUAGUGGUGUGGAAGUGAACCCACUUGGAACUUUUGAAUGAACGGUCCAGAUGCCGCCGCAAAAUUUGAACGGUGAAGAUGGAAGCCGCAGUGUCGGCUGUAUGGUCAUGCAUGAAAUCAUCCAUGGGAAAAUUCCCCGCUCUUGCAAUGUCAGAGCCGCGCCGUCCGCCGUUUGUACGCUCACUUGAGCCUCAAACCAAAAUGCGGAUGCUGGGAACUUGGUGGAAACCUGACAAGCCGCACUGUAGCAGUUUCAGUUGGUGUACAGCGGUGUAGCUCGGUUAAGUUCUUCCGUUAUUAUUUAUUUUUUGUUUGGUUUCGUUUUGAUAAGCGU